CCGCUGUCUGUUCUGCUUGCCUGUGCCCCGGCUCCAGAUGGCCUUCUUGGAGCGAGCGCGCCCCAGCACCAUCCCCGAGAAUGAGGAGCCCCCUUGUCCCACCCGGGAUGGUGUCUGCCAGGCUGACGGAGACGACAGAGCCGUGUCCAGACUUCAGCGCAGGCGCAGUGACGUAAAGGUCUACAAGGAGUUUUGUGACUUCUACGCAAAGUUCAACAUGGCCAAUGCCUUGGCCAGCGCUACCUGUGAACGCUGCAGGGGGGGCUUCGCGCCCGCUGAGAAGAUCGUGAACAGCAAUGGCGAACUGUACCAUGAGCCCUGCUUCGUGUGCGCCCAGUGCUUCCAGCCCUUCCCCGAGGGGCUCUUCUACGAGUUUGAAGGCAGGAAGUACUGCGAACACGACUUCCAGAUGCUCUUUGCUCCUUGCUGCCACCAGUGCGGUGAAUUCAUCAUCGGCCGUGUCAUCAAGGCCAUGAACAACAGCUGGCACCCCGAGUGCUUCUGCUGUGACCUCUGCCAGGAGGUGCUGGCGGACAUUGGCUUCGUGAAGAACGCCGGCAGACAUUUGUGUCGCCCCUGCCACAAUCGAGAGAAGGCCCGAGGCCUGGGGAAGUACAUCUGCCAGAAGUGCCACGCCAUCAUCGACGAGCAGCCCCUGGUCUUCAAGAACGACCCGUACCAUCCCGACCACUUCAACUGUGCCAACUGCGGGAAGGAGCUGACUGCUGACGCCCGGGAGCUGAAGGGGGAGCUCUACUGCCUUCCAUGCCAUGACAAGAUGGGAGUGCCCAUCUGUGGGGCCUGCCGGCGGCCCAUCGAGGGGCGCGUGGUGAAUGCCAUGGGCAAGCAGUGGCACGUGGAGCAUUUUGUUUGUGCCAAGUGCGAGAAGCCGUUCCUUGGACAUCGCCAUUACGAGAGGAAGGGCCUGGCGUACUGUGAGACUCACUACAACCAGCUGUUCGGAGACGUUUGUUUCCACUGCAACCGUGUCAUAGAAGGCGACGUGGUCUCUGCCCUGAACAAGGCCUGGUGCGUGAACUGCUUCUCCUGCUCCACCUGC